AGUGCUACUCGGAUCAUGCAACUCUUUUGUUUUUCCUUCCACUCUGUCCCAGGUCCUCGCGACAGGAAGCUCGGGGCAAGGAUCUCUUCGCCCAAGCAGGACCGCCAGCGGGGCUCAAAUCCCAAACCCUCCCCUGCUCAGACCGACAAGAAGCGUCCACCUUCUCCCCAGUCCAAGAGCAAAGUCACGAGCAUCCCGGGCAAGGGAGCCGAUCCUGCCCCCCCAGCUGCUACUGCAAAAUCGGGCAAGUCCAGCACAUUAUCGCGGCGGGAGGAACUCCUGAAGCAGCUCAAGGCCGUGGAGGACGCCAUCGCCCGCAAACGGGCCAAGAUCCCCGGGAAAGCAUAGACUUCAUCGGCCCGCCCCAGAUUAGAGACUGCUCUCUGUGUUUUUAUAAAUAGCGUACAAGCAGCCACUUCGGAUUCUGCAGUUCUGUUUUUUUUUUUCUUUUGGCUGUGAUCCUUUUUAAAAAAAUAAAAUGUGGGGGGGGAGAAGAGAAGUUUGUCAGCUGCAAAAAAAAACAAAACACCACCACCACCUUCUGGAUUUGAGGCUGCUCCCUCAGUCUUCCUUCCCAACCCACACGUUGCUGGCACCGCGGCACAGGCGAGCCGGCCAACCCUCUGGGUGUGUUUCCAUGGUCAUCGGGCACAACAGACUGAACAGCACCUCUGCCAGCCGCCCCCGCCCUGCCCUGCUCUCCUGUCUGCUAGCUAUGAGCCGUAUUCCGUAGUUAGCUCUGCUGUCUGUGGGGUGUCUUCAGCAUUGCAGUUCUGCCUCCUGUGCAAGGAGAGAAUCUGAAACCACCAUCGCCUUCCGGAAGCGUCUUUACCCGCCCCCCUCCCCUCCACAGGUUGUCUCUCUUGCCUCCCUUUCUACCUGAUCCCCUCCAGGAACUAAAUCAAUUUGCAUAGAAAUCCUCUGAAAUGGAAGUUUGGUCGGAAGAUCCCCAGUGUCUUUUAUUUUAAACAAAAGAUUGUUUUAGUUGGAUUAAAAGAAAAGGCAAAAGUCUUGUCAAGAUGUGUGUUUCAGAAGGAGGGCCAUUUUUUUUUGAGGGAUUACACUGAAAAUAAAGUAUUUUGAUAAACA